AUGGUGGAUUUUUUGUCAUUAAGAAUUAAUAUUGAUAGCGGACACGUAGAAACCGGAAUAGAUGAAACAGUGGAUACAAUUCCGUACCUUCCCCAAUCUGUGUACGAAGGUCAAAAACGUAAAGUUUAUUUUGAAACUUAUGGCUGCCAAAUGAAUGUCAGUGAUACUGAAAUUGUUUGGGCCAUUUUGAAGAAAAAUGGAUUUGAAAGAACGAUGGUCAUACAAGAAAGUAAUGUUGUUUUGGUUAUGACUUGUGCCAUCCGUGAAGGAGCCGAGAAGAAGAUUUGGAAACGUCUUGAAUUCCUUAAAUUUUUGAAAAAAAAGAAAGGAAAAAAGAAUCCAAUGAAAAUUGGAAUACUGGGCUGCAUGGCAGAGCGCCUAAAAACAAAAAUUAUCGAUCAAGAGAAAAUGGUUGAUAUUGUGUGUGGACCUGAUGCAUAUCGAGAUCUUCCAAGAUUACUAUCUCUAAGUAACAAGGGUCGAGCUGCGGUUAACGUAAUGCUUUCUUCAGAUGAAACUUAUGCUGAUAUUCUGCCUAUCAGGAUGGACAGUGAGAGUAAAUCAGCUUUUGUAUCUAUUAUGCGGGGCUGUGAUAAUAUGUGUACUUAUUGCAUUGUUCCAUUCACACGAGGUAGAGAGAGGAGUCGACCAGUUGAAUCUAUUCUUGAAGAAAUUCGGCUACUAUCAGACCAGGGAGUCAAGGAAGUAACAUUACUUGGCCAGAAUGUCAACAGCUAUAGAGAUCUGACUCAAUGGGAUUCACUUGGGGGCUAUGAAUUAGAAACAGUGGCUGGAUUCUCUACUGUCUACAAACCAAAAAAAGGUGGUCGGCGUUUUACUGAUUUGUUGGAUAAAGUAUCCUUAAUUGAUCCAGAAAUGCGAAUACGAUUCACUUCACCUCACCCCAAAGAUUUUCCAGAUGCCGUGCUUCAGUUGAUUAAUGAACGGCCCAACAUUUGUAAGCAAAUCCAUUUACCUGCUCAAAGUGGAAACAAUGAAGUGCUUGAAAGAAUGCGGCGAGGUUACACUAGAGAGAGUUACCUCAACCUUGUUUCUCACAUCCAAAAAGUAGUCCCAGGAGUUUAUCUUUCUAGUGACUUCAUUGCUGGCUUUUGUGGUGAAACAGAAGAAGCCCAUAAAGAUACAGUCAGUUUAAUCCGAGAAGUUAAAUACCAUUUUAAUUACAUAUAUCCUUACAGUAUGCGACAGAAAACACGUGCAUACCACCGCCUGACAGAUGAUGUUCCUGUUGACGUGAAAGUCAGGAGACAUACUGAACUGAUGGAAACUUUCCGAGAAAUUGCCCUGAAGCUAAACACUGAACAAAUUGGACAAAUACAGCUUGUUCUUGUACAAGGGCCCAGCAAGCGAUCACCACUGGACCUUGCUGGUCGGAAUGACGGCAACACUAAAGUGAUUUUUCCACAAACUGAGAUUCCAGAUUUAUUUAGUACGUCUCAGCACACAAGGGAAAUCAAACCUGGUGAUUAUGUAGCAGUUCAGGUCACUGGUUGUUCAUCGCAAGUGUUAAAGGCAAACCCUCUUUACCAUACAACAGUGAAAGAUUUUCAUUCGUUUGCUGGAGAAAGUCAAUUACAAUUUGUUUCUUAA